AUGGUCCUGAAGGGAUACAUGACCAGCUCAGUUUCAAUAACCCCUAAAUUACAAAAAAUCACAAAAAAUUAUGACGAGUCUGGGAAUGAUACUCAUAAUAACUGGGAUAUAGAAAAAGCUAAAGAUCGUCUUGCUAAAAUGGAGGAGGUAAUGGCAAUGAUUUCAACUGCCAGUAAAAACCGCCAGGAUAUUCGUGACAUUCUUCCACCAGAGUACCUCAGCCUGCUGGAAGAAGCAGAGAUUGAAUACCCUGGUGGCAAUCGAACGAGACAUCAGGUGAGCGAUGUUCCUGUUAUUGAAGAAGAAUCUGAGGAUGAUACAAGAACAUCAAGGCGUUAUCAGAGAAGUUGUCGUAGAGGAAGUGCAAGCCGUGGUGAAGCAGGUAGUUCUGUUGGUCGUAACGAGCGAUACAUGAGGGAACAAGAAAGUCGAGAGAUCUCUGCCAUGCAGAAGAGGCUUAAUAAGACAACUUCAAGAAUAUCUGCCAUAAAUGAGGGAUCAAGGCAUGGCCAUGAAAAAGGGGCAAUCAAGAAACAACCACAGAUAAAAAAGUUAAAGGGAAAGAAGAACCAUUUGGCUUGUGAGACUAAAGAUGCUGAGAAGGAUAUCAAAUAUGCAGCAAACAUUUUACGAGACCAUGAAUUACUGUUGAAAAUUGCAGAUGCCAAACUUAUUGCAAAGGAAGCAUGCUAUCAUCACUCUUGUAGCAAAAAGUAUCUCAAAACUGCCCCAUUGCAAUAA